GACGUGGAUAAGCUGGUGGCCUGUCCUUGUCUCACGCGUCGUAAAUGCUUGGCAAACACCAUGCGAAGCUCGAUAGAGUGAAGCAAUGCACAACACUUUGGCUGCUGUCCAGUGCUCGGCAACGUUCCAACGCCGCCUCUUGCAUGGUAUCGGCAGUUUGAAUGCGCCUCCACUAGCCCUCGGGCUCGAAUAUGCUAGGUGAGUACAGCCACUACUACAAGGACGAUCCGAUCUGCAUUUCUAACAUCUUAACGAUCAGGCAAAAGCGAUGGACCCAACACAUCGUAUGUUAUUAGAGGCUACCUACGAAGGGUUCGAAAAUUCCGGAUUGACCUUGCAGGAGGUCUCUGGAACACAGACGUCAGUCUAUAUCGGCACAUUUACUGGAGACUUUCCUAACCUGCAAGCACGAGAUAAUGAGGGACCAUCGAUCUAUCACGCGACUGGGCUGUCCUCGUCUCUUGCAUCGAAUCGAUUAUCGUGGUUUUACAAUCUGCGGGGGCCUAGUAUGACUGUGGACACGGCCUGUUCGUCCAGCUUAACAGCUUUCCACCUUGCUUGUCAAAGCAUUCGUACUGGCGAAGCGGAAAUGUCAGUGGUGGCUGGAGCUAACCUAAUGUUCGGCCCUGAUAUGUCCAUUCUGCUUGGCGCAGCGAAGAUUCUGUCACCAGAUGGCAAGUCGCAAAUGUGGGAUCACAAAGCCAAUGGCUUCUCUCGUGGUGAGGGCUUUGGCGUCACUGUCCUCAAGCCUCUCGAUGCUGCUCUUCGAGAUGGAAACACAAUUCGUGCUGUGGUCUUAGCAUCUGCAGCCAAUGAAGAUGGCCGGACCCCCGGAAUCUCGUUGCCUAACAGUGAAGCGCAACAGGAACUUAUUCGUAAAGCGUAUGCGCAGGCGGGCGUUGACCCGCGCUCUACAGGCUAUGUCGAGGCGCACGGCACUGGCACUCAAGCUGGAGAUCCACUGGAAGCCCGCGCCAUAACCGAAACUAUCGGCAAGGACCGAACAACAGAUCUCUACGUCGGGAGUGUCAAGACAAAUAUCGGCCAUCUGGAAGGUGCAGCUGGUGUCGCCGGCGUCAUCAAAGCGGCACUGGUCGUUGAACGAGGUCUCAUCCCACAAAACUUGUGGUUUGAGAAGCUCAAUCCUGCUAUCACCUUGCCUGAGAACGUAAGGAUCCCUCAGCAGACGACAGAGUGGCCGAAUGACGGACCUCGGCGGGCAAGUAUAAACUCUUUCGGCUUCGGAGGUGCCAAUGCGCACGUCAUUCUGGAAGACGCUGCAUCAUAUCUGUCGAGAAAUGGUCUCUCGGGGCGACAUCGAACAGCGAAGAAAGCGCUACCCAGCGGUUCCGAGCCACAGAGCCAGGAUCUGAAGCGAAAACGAGUGUUCCCUCUCUCCUCUUACGACCAGUCCGGAGUGAAGAGGGCAGCAGGCACUCUUCGAGAAUAUGUUGCCGCUCGAGACGAGGAAGGCUUGAGACUGGAUGAACUUGCAUACACGCUCGCCUCUAAGCGCACAUCACAUCCGUGGAAGUCCUUUGCCAUCGCAGCCAGCGUGAGCGACCUUAACUCUGCACUUGACAGCACAGUAGCCCCAGUCCGGUCGUCUGAUGCUUCAAUACCUCGACUGGCGUUCGCAUUUACUGGUCAAGGCGCUGCAUGGCCAACUAUGGGCCGCGCUCUGCUCACUUACGAUGCGUACAGAGCAAGCAUCACACGUGCUGGAGACGUGAUACGCUCAUUAGGUUGCAAUUGGGAUAUCAUUGACGAGUUGCAGCGUGCUAAUGCAGAGGAGACCCUCAAGCUUGCAGAAUACAGUCAGCCUCUGUGCACAGCAGUUCAGCUCGCUCUUGUUGAUCUGCUAGCACAUUGGGGCGUCAGACCUUCUGCGGUCGUAGGUCACUCGUCUGGAGAGAUUGCGGCCGCUUAUGCUGCUGGACAUGUAUCAUUCGAGACAGCAGUGACUGUGGCCUGGCUACGUGGCCAUGUUUCAAGCACUGUGGCUCGGCAAAGCACCAAAGGCGCCAUGAUGGCAGUCAAUCUUGGUGGCGAUGCCAUUCAGGAUCGUGUACAGCAACUCACACAAGGCAAGGCUAUUGUUGCGUGCUGGAACAGCCCCAAAGCUUGCACCAUCUCGGGAGACGUCGCUGCCGUGGACGAACUGUACGAGCAGCUCAAGUCGGAACAAAUCAAUUGCACGAAGCUUGCAAUCGAUUGUGCAUAUCACAGCCACCAUAUGUACGCUGUCCGAGAGGCAUACGAACAGGCUCUCGCCGGCUUGCCGACCGUGAACAACCAGGAUGCCAUUCCAAUGUUCUCGAGCGUCACUGGGAAGCUGGUGCAGCCAGGCGAACUCGGUCCCUCGUACUGGGUCGAUAAUCUAGUCUCUCCUGUAGCCUUCACCACGGCUACGCAGGCUUUGCUCAACCACACCAACGAGCAAAGGAAGAUUCACGAUCGAGAUCCUUUCGCUAGCGUGCUCCUCGAGGUUGGCCCUCACUCUGCGCUGAGAUCGUAUCUGCUUGACAUCUUCCGAGACACCAAAUUUCCAGGCAUCACAUACUCCACACUGCUUCGCAGGAAGUUCGCUGCCGACGAAACCGCACUUUCUGCAAUCGGCGAACUGUGGGCUCGCGGGUGUCGUGUUAGUCUCGACAAAGUUAACGGCAUUCAUACUGACACGAACAUGCUUACUGACCUGCCUCCAUAUAGCUGGAACCACGAGCUUUCCUUUUGGGACGAGAGUUACCUGAGCAGAGAAUACCGCCUACGUGAGGCACCGCGUAAAGAUCUCAUCGGCUACCGGAUUCCUGGAACUGUUGACCCGACCUGGCGCAACUUCUUGCGCUGUAGCGAGUCGCCUUGGAUUCGCGAACAUCAAGUACAAGGCGCGAUACUGUACCCUGGAGCUGGUAUGGUGGUCAUGGCCAUCGAGGCGGCCCGUCAGCUCGCCGAUGCAAACCAAGAGGUGCUUGGCUUCGAGCUCCGCGAUGUUGCCAUAGUCACCGCUCUGCGUGUUCCUGACGAUGUCAAAGGCAUUGAAGUCAUGGUGCAGCUGCAUCCUCGCAGGGUCUCCACCAAAGCUGGUCCAUCGUCAACGAUCAACGAGUUUACCGUUUCUAGCUGGUCUGCGGAUGCCAAGGAAUGGACAACGCACGCACGUGGUUUAAUCUCGAUCACCUACGAAUCGUCGUUGACGCCAACGAUGCAGCAAGAGGCAGCUCUUGAAGCCAAAGCGCUUCAAGACAGCUUCUCUGAAGCAAAGGAGCGUUGCAACAAGCCGGCGCGAGCCUUCCUCUACGAUAAUGUCGAGACCAUCGGCAUGAAGUACGGUCCCGUCUUCCGCAACAUCCAGUCUCUCUUUGCAGGGCCGAGCGAGAGUUAUGGUACAAUCACAGUGCCGGACACAAAAUCCACUAUGCCGCAGCAAUUCGAGUACGACUCUAUUAUACAUCCUGCAACGCUGGACAGCGUUUUGCAUCUUCUGUUUCCAUCCAUUAGCGGAACCGAACAAUCUCUGAACGAAGCAGUGGUACCCUUCUCCUUCGAGCGAAUCUUCAUGUCUGCCGAUGUGCCUAAAGUGCCAGGUUCGAAACUGAUCGGCAUUUCGAAAGCGCAGAAGACGAGCUACACGACUUGGGUGUCCGAGAUCUCUGUGACUACGGAAGACUACAGCAAGCCUUUGAUUGUUAUGGAAGGUUUGGGUCUUGCAUCAGUCGGUGCUUCGUCUGAGCAGCCAGAAGUCCGAGCCAGUACUUUCACUCACGUCUGGCAUCCUGACGUUGAACUUAUGUCGCCGGCGCAGAUCAAGGAGACGAUCUACUCCAGGACUAUCCCAAACGCCGACGAUGACUCUGUACUGGAUCUGCUGGAGUACGUGUGCCUGGUGCACAUCUACCGCUGCCUUGACUGGUUCAAGGCCGAUGGAGCUUCUCAUAUCCCGCAGGACGGAUUCUGGAAGCUGUACGUGGAGUGGAUGCACGACCGCAUCAAGGAGUUCGAGCCAAUCUCCUCGGAUCCUGCUGAAGUGGACAGCAAGCUCGAGUUUGCGCGAAAGCGGAUUUCAACAAGCCACUCGGGCGAUAUCACAGUGCAGAUGGUUGAUCACAUUGGAAAGAACCUCAACAAGAUCUUCACGAGAGAAGUCGAACCCUUGCAGGUUAUGCUGGAAGAUGACUUGCUGUAUACGUUCUACCAGGGAGCCUUUGGUGCCUCGUACAAUUCAAACUGCGCGGAAUAUGUGGGUCUCAUCGCCGACACGCAACCAGGCCUCAAAAUCUGUGAGAUCGGAGCGGGCACUGGUGGUACGACAGGACAUGUGCUUGACCGUCUACGGAGAGAAGACGGAUCGUCGAAGGCGUCACAGUACUACUUCACAGACAUCUCACCUGGAUUCCUGGCCAAGGCCGCCGAUCGCUUCACACAAGAUGCCGCCAUCAUGGAAUUUGGCACGCUGAACAUCGAGAACGACCCCAUCGCACAAGGCUUCGAGCCGGAGAGUUUCGAUCUUAUUGUUUGCGCGAAUGUGCUACACGCGACGAAGAGCAUACAGGAGACUUUGAAUCACUGCAAGAUGCUGCUCAAGCCCGGUGGUCAGCUCGUACUUUCCGAGGUCACUAUAAAGCGUAUCUUCUGUGGUUUCAUCAUGGGUCCUUUGCCGGGGUGGUGGCUGGGCGAGGAUGAUGGUCGCACUGGAGGUCCGCUGCUUGAUGUUCCGGAGUGGGACGCUGCGCUGAAGCAAGCUGGAUAUUCUGGUGUUGAUCUCGAUGUUAGAGGUGAUCGGGAAGGUUCAAAGGAGCCGGUCUCUUUGAUUGUGUCUACGAAGGCGGCUGCCGGUGCUGAGCAGGAGCGCGCAGAGUUUGCGAUCAUUCGCACCGCAGAUUCUGCUUCUGUUAAGUUGGCUGAUGCGAUUGCCAGCGCUGUGAAGGCCGAGAAGUCCGACUCCAACAUCCUCGAGUGGCCAAAUUUCAGCGUCCAGGACGUCAAAGACAGAUACUGCAUCUGUCUGGCAGAGUGGCAGAAACCCAUCCUCGCCAACAUCUCAGAGGACGACUGGACCACUUUACGUCAGCUUAUGCAGAGCUCAGCUGGCACUCUGUGGGUCACUGGCGGUGCAGCAAUGGACUGCCUCGAGCCACAUCAAUCACUCAUGGUCGGUCUUGCUCGUGCAAUCCGCAACGAGAACGCAGGUACCCGUCUUGCCACAUUGGACAUUGACACGCAUGAGCACUUCAACGCAGCAGAUUCUGCUCUUGCUAUUACCAAGGUGGCUAGAUUUCACAGUCGUGGGGAGACUACAGAUGGUGAGUAUGCAGCUCGCGGCUCUUUGGUCUAUCUACCUCGUGUUGAGCGCACGCUCGACGUCGACGCUUCGCUUCGUAAGUAUGAAGCGAAAGGAGAGCCGGAGCCCACGUCGUUCACAAAGUGUGGUCGCCCGCUCAAGUUGACCAUCAAGACUCCUGGUCUCUUGGACACAUUCCGCUGGCAAGAGGACGAGACUUACCAUACGCCACUUCAGGACGACUGGAUCGAGAUCGAGGUUAAGGCAGUUGGUCUCAACUUCAAAGAUGUCCUCGUCGCUCUCGGCAACCUCAACGAGAAGAAACUUGGUGUGGACGUCGCCGGUGUUGUCACUCGGGUCGGCUCUGCCAGCACAGCUUUCAAGCCUGGCGAUCGAGUGAUGACGGCAAGCUGUGACACCUUCGCCACUUUUGUACGCUUCCCAGCGAAGGGUGCCAUUCCGAUGCCCGAAGGCAUGAGCUUUGAAGAAGCGGCGUCGAUGCCACUGAUUUUCCUCACGGCCUACUACGCUCUGGUUAUCGCAGGGCAAUUGCAGCGCGACGAGAGUAUUCUCAUUCACGCCGCAGCUGGAGGCGUUGGCCAGGCUGCGAUCAUUCUUGCUCAACACAUCGGCGCCGAAAUCUUCGCUACAGUGGGAUCCGAGGAGAAGAAACAACUCAUCAUGAAGCAAUACAACAUCGCAGAAGACCACAUCUUCAGCAGCCGUGAUCUAAGCUUCGCCAAAGGUAUCAAGCGCAUGACACAGAACAAGGGCGUAGACGUCGUCCUCAACUCGCUCGCUGGCGAAGCUCUGCGACAGUCCUGGCACUGUCUUGCCAAGUUUGGCCGUUUCCUGGAGAUCGGCAAGGCUGACUUGUUUGCCAACACCGGGCUGGACAUGCAACCUUUCUUGGAGAACAAGUCCUAUAUCGGCGUCAACCUGCUGGACUUCGAGAAUAAUCCUACGCCACGAGCGGUAAAGCUGUGGGAUGAUGUGUCGAAAUUGAUCAACGCAGGCGCUCUUCGACCUGUUCAGCCGAUUCAGCAGUUCACUUUCUCGGAAGUGGAGAAGGCUUUCCGGUAUAUGCAGACUGGCAAGCACAUGGGUAAAGUGGUGCUGCGUGUCGACGAUGCCGAUGUGGUACCUGCUGUCCCACGUACACCGAAGGUCGACAUUGUCGAGGAUGCCACAUACAUUGUUGCCGGUCUUGGCGGUAUUGGUCGGGAGAUUGGGCGUUGGCUGGCUGAGAAAGGUGCCAAAAAUCUUGUCUUUCUUUCUCGUUCUGCGGCAUCUGGCGCUGAGAAUAAGGCCUACGUGGAAGACUUGCGAAAUACUUACAGCACGAAUGCCAUCGCAUUCGACUGUGAUGUGGGCAACCGUGCGGCACUGCAGGCGGUGCUCAACGACAUCAGCAAUCUGCCUCCAAUUCGAGGUUGUGUGACUGGAGCAAUGGUCCUCAAGGAUACACUCUUCGACAGCAUGACAGUGGACGAUCUACGCAUUACUGUUGGACCCAAGGUACACGGCACUUGGAACUUGCACGAUCUUCUGCCACAGGAACUGGACUUCUUUGUCAUGCUCUCUUCUCUCGCUGGUGUCAUGGGCCACCGAGGACAAGGCAACUACGGAUGCGGCAAUAUCUUCCAAGACUACUUCGCGUCUUACCGUCGAUCCCUUGGCCUGCGAGCAAUGACGAUCGACAUCGGAUACCUGUUGUCAGUUGGCUUCGUUGCCGACAACGACCAAUAUGUCGACCACGUCAAAGCAAUGGGUUUGAAAGUCAUGCACAACUCCGACCUGCAUGGCCUCAUCGCCACUGCCAUCGAGGGUAGUGAUGCUCAUCCUGCGCAAGUUAUGUGUGGUCUGCCGUACAACGAGUACUCAUCUCAAUGGUACUGGAUGGACGACAAUCGCUUCGCUGGUUUGAGAAACCUUCAUGGCGGCAAAUCUUCAACCAGUUCCUCGGCAACGGAACUGAAAGAUGAGCUGUCACGCUGUGCCGAUCUCAGUACCGCUGUUGAACUGAUCAGCAAUGCCAUGGCUGAACGACUGGCAAGAUUAAUGAUGAUCCCAGCAGCCGAUGUUGAUGUCAACAAGCCUCUAAGUGCCUACGGCGUUGACAGUUUGGUCGCCGUCGAGGUCCGGAAUUGGAUUGCGAAACAAAUGCUGGUCGAGGUCAGUGUGUUCGAAAUCAUGGCAAAUGUGCCUAUGAAACAACUGGCCGGGGAUCUGGCGGCGAAGAGUAAGAUCGUUGUUGUGAAACAGGAAUAGAAGUCCAUGCCUUGAAGAUGAUGGUGCUCCCUCGGAAAUGAGAUCUGUGGCCUUUGAUCGGUCGGAGUUCGUAGCUCAUAGCCGGUUCACAGUCCGUCUAUAUCUGGUCAGACAUUCGAUCGAGCCAGUCGUGCUAUUGCUUACUCCUUUCGUCAACCACACGUAAUAUGAUUACUGAUCCCUCGAUUUACCCACCAAGGAGUGAUUGUGCCAAGGCACAGGCUAUAGUCACUUUGGACGCUUGAUAGCAACAACAGAGUACUGCUCCGUCUCCCUUGGUGAUACGACUCUUCCCUCUCAAAAAGUCUGUGCGCCAUAUUGUACUUCCCAGAAGUCCAGCCUCACAACCCCUCACCUCGAAGUCAACAUCAAUAUGAAGCAACUCACAGCCAUCACAACCAUCAUCGCAUUUCUCUGCAGCUUCGCUGUGGCAGAUUGUGGGCCAUAUCAAAGAGUCAUGACCUACGAAGACUGCCACGAGCGUUGCACGACUCAAUAUCCUGGUUCAGUGCCGCCUGAGGGAGAAUUCACUGGGCGCCCCAAAAGCGCUUGUAUCGACGGGUGUAUUGGGACU